AAUCCAGCAAUGCUGCAACUGUAAAAGCAUUAACAGAAAACCAACCCACAACCUCGGGGGGCAGCGAUCGUUGGGUGCCAGUUCCAGGCUGCCUUCCGUGGGGUCGGGAGCGGCCCCGCUCCCCCUGCGGCUGGCGCGGAAUGUGGUGAUCCGGCCUGGGGCGGGUAUGACUUCAUGCGGCCGGAGCUCGGCGGCGGGAGCGACGGCUGCAGCUGGCAGGUGGGGCGCGGGCCGGAGCGAGCUGACCGAGCACUCCGCGGGCGCGGCGGGACUGCGUCCCGUGGCGGCGGGCGCGGGAACCUGCGCUGACUAGGUCCGGGGAAGUUUCCUGACUUUCUGAGAAGCUCUGGUUUCCCCAAAGAAGCGAUUUCUGAUAGAAAUCUGAAGGUCAUCUCCGAGAAAAAAGAGAUCUAGUAUAGUCAAUGAAUUAAAGACAAGAAGGUUUCCAAUCAGGAGUAAAAUUAGCAUGUUAUCCAGUCACCAUUUGGCUUAUGACUCAAUGUCACUAUAAAAAUCAUUUUAGCAACAUCAUAGUCCCAACUUCUAGAAUCCAUCGAUGUGGAACACUUCAGUUUGUUUAACGUAGGAGACUCCCUGCUAUGUGGAUAUUUGGUAGCAAUGACUGAUGUGGAAACUACAUAUGCAGAUUUUAUUGCCUCAGGAAGAACAGGUAGAAGAAAUGCAAUACAUGAUAUCCUGGUUUCCUCUGCAAGUGGCAACAGCAAUGAAUUAGCCUUGAAAUUAGCAGGUCUUGAUAUCAACAAGACAGAAGGUGAAGAAGAUGCACAACGAAGUUCUACUGAACAAAGUGGGGAAGCCCAGGGAGAAACAGCAAAAUCUGAAAGCUAACACCCCACUUUGACCCUCGACCACACCUGACAAUGUCUCAAAUCUCCAGGAGUGUCUGGAAUGCAUUUGUUUCCAUGAGUGAAAAGAGGAAAAAGAAAAUGGCUGUGCUGCAUUGCAGGAACCUGCUCAUUAUCAUGUUAAAAAUGAGGGCAGAGGCUGUGGCUGCAGGCAGACUUUUCCCUACCUCUGUCAUUAGCAAUGGUUGAAAUCAUGUGGCUUGUGUUUGGGCGUCAUUUUUGUAUGGAUCCUUUCACUUGAUCAUGUGACGAAAUGCUUAUAGAGAGUAGCACCGACCUAGAUGAUGAUUCUUCCUGUAGCAUCUGGCCCCUCACAAUGUCAGAGGAUUUAAUUGUGUCUAAUUGCGAAGGGUUGAUUGAACCCCAGAGUUUAAAUAUCUCUGGCUCAAGUGUUCACCCAGUAAAAGAAAGAUCCAGAAAGCACUGUUUUUAGCAUUAUGUAUCUGUGUGUUACUGCUGUGUUAUUUACACUGUUUUGUAUUGUACAAUAUAGAUGCUCAGCACUGCCCCCUUCUCUGAUUGCUUAUGAAAAACAAAAUGAUGUGCAUUACUGUGAAUUUUUAUACCACUCAUUUUUAAAAGGGCUGUCUUUUUAUUUUAGUUUUCCAUACUGUGGUGGUGUACACAGGAUAGAACACCCUUUUUUAAAACACAGUCUUUCCCCUUGUUCAUUGUAUGUUGAUGAGUUGAUUAAGUCUAACAGAUUCAUCAAGACUCCAUUGCUCUAUUAUACAGACAUUUGAAAAUAUCCAUUAAUGUGAAUAUCACCUGAAUUCAGUCUGUUUGGUGUCUGCACAGACUGGUAUUCAAUCUAUCAAGUUUGUUUUAUUCUCAAGUGGAGAACUUCUCCCACCUUAUAUAUAUAUACAUAAAUUUAUGAGAAUUUUGGACAAUUGGAAAGGUAGAAAAGAAAAGCCAAGAUCAUACUAAGGACUGGAAAUAAUUUGUUCUAUGGAAUCAAAUUUCUCACAAUGCUGUAUGAUACUAUUUAAAUUUGGAGGACAACUUAUCUUCACUGAGCUGAAUAAGGUGGAGAAAGUAAUCUUGCAAUCAUGUGGACACCAAUCACAAAAUUAAAGCCCUGGUGUUGUGUUUUCAUGUCUUUUUUCAGCCCUCUCAGAUCCAAAUGUUAUUAUGCACUUUUUAAUGUUUGUAAACUUUUACUAAUAAUUAGUGUGAAUUGCAUUCUGAUACAAUAAUGAUUAUCAUUAGAAGCUAACAAAAUUCUCAUUAAUACUGUGUUUGAUGGCCUCUGCUGUGUUUUAACAUCGUGCUUCUUAUAUGGAAAGUUUUUGUGAGCUGUGUAAUCCCUCUGGUCAGUAUUAUGAAAUCAUUUGUCAGUGGUAAUAAAUAAGGAACCAGUAAUAUGCCAGUGGUUCAUGAAUUACUGGACAAAUAGCAGACAAUGGGAGUCCCUUUACAAUAAUAAGCCCACUUAGCUGUCCUUGAGGGCUUAGAUACCAUUCCACAUGAAGUAGUUAGAGCAGCAUUUCAAUAGGUAAUUUGUGUGGUUGUGCCAGAAACUCAGCCCUCCUAUGUAAUUACAUACAGGAUAAAAGGUAAGUCUGCUCACUUCUCCUUCUACAGAACAUUUCAACUGACUGGAAUAAGGGCAUGGGUUGCAUUUAGUACUCAAUCAGAUAUUACUAGAAAAAAAGUUAAUAAUGUGAGCCUUUCCGAGAGCAGAAAGAGGAAAGAUUAAAUUUUGGAAUGCUUCCUUCUGUCUAAUCCAUCAGGGGCCAAAAUGCCCAGUAAAAUUCAAACACAUCACCUAUUAAUAGACUCACAAGUGAGAAAAGAGGUUCCUAGGGUUACUUUAGGCAAUCCCUGGUAAACUGUUUAAACCAUCGAACCCCUACAGUCAGUUUUCAGUAUCUUCAUUUAAUAUUUUAAUAAGUUUCUUGUGAAUUUAAACUUAUUUCUUAAGGUUGUGAAAUUCCAAACUGAUUUUAUGUGAUUUCGAAAAGUUUAGAACCAGUGCUGAGUGUAUGUGGAGAGUUUAUAUUCCUAUGUGAUAUACUAUUAUUAAUGCAUGUGGUGCCAUGCUUGUCUUUAAAUAUAUAAAUAGUGCUAAAUUGCAAAGUCAUAUGGAGCUUUGGAUUUAGUUUGACUUCUUACUACUGCUUUGUCUGCUAUAUUCAAAACCAAAGGUAUUCCCAAGCUAGGGAGAUACAAAUUAUUUUUCCAAAAUGUGCACAUCCUAUACAUUUUGCUUAUUCAUGGUAUCUUUCAAAUUUUAUUUUAGUUUCCUUUAUUUGCAAGUCAAGAAUACACAUGGAUCUGAAUUUUUAAAGAGCGAAGAAAAGGGUAGGAAACCAAGGCCUUGGGUUUGGUAAUAGGCAUUGGAUGCCUAUUAACCAACUAUUCCUAUGCUAAUGGCUUUGCAGCUCGUCUUCUCCCAUUUGAUCCUCAAACAAUUCUAUUAGAGUGGUAUUUUCAUCCAGUUUCACAGAUUAAAAUAUAAGCACUCAAUAAAAUAUAACCUUUAGAAGCUUAAAGAGCUGGUAAGUGAUGAAUUUAGGAUUAGUACCCACGUUUGUCAACAAUGAGCUUUCCAGUGCACAUGUCAUAAAAUUAGAGCCAACUGCAGAGCUCUAAGGGAACUUUUAGAGAUGAACUUCUUCAGCCGCCAUCCCAGAAGGAGAAAUUGCCUUUCUCAAAGCUCCCUGGAUGGAUAAUAACACAGACAUGAGUAGGUCACACAAAGUAUAUCUUUUUUUAAAAAAAGAAAUUCAAUUAUGUCUUAUUUGGGGGUAUGUUUCCCAGAAGUUAUUUUUCUGGCAUGUGGUCUAUAAAAACAGCAUGAUUCAUAUUUUUUAUGCUUCAUGCUACCCAUUUUGUUUAAUUACCAACAAACAUGGGGACUUUGGCUUUUUGACUUAUUUGCAACAAGCAUGAAAUUGUUAAAUUUACCUUUUAUCAAUUGUAAUCAUCCUAUGCCAACAUAUUGUUAAUCAUAAAUUCAUAGAAAUGUUUUUCCAAUAAAUAACAGACAUUGAAAUUUGAUUCUUAGAUAAUACUCCCAGAACAGUCAAUGGUAAAUGCCCUAUACUUGAGUCUUACUUAGAUACAGUGGCAAUGCACCAUUUUAGAAGAUGAAUGAUACUGCUAUUUCUCUUCAGGGAAAUUAUAAUGGAUAAAGAAAUGUAACUGCCGGGCAGCAAAGCUUCUAAGUGAAACUUGUAGUAGCAGUAGUAGUAGGGAGAAAAUGUGUAGUCAUCAAGUGAAAAUAGGAAAGGAUCUAUAAUUCAUGAUGUCUUAAUAGACCCUAAAUUGUUCUUUAAUUACAAGAGUGGCAGUCUCUGAAGUCAUUUGUGAGCUUGUAUGACUUUUGUAUUUAGCAAUGUUGCAUGCUCACAUAAUUGGUAAUUAAAAGUAACACAUUUUUCUGAAAUGUA